AUGAGAAAAAAGAUAUUAAAUAAAGGUAUCAAAUCAAAUUUGAUAUUUAAAGCAAAUAGUUAUAGAUUUGCUUAUGGAUUAGAUUCAUUACUAAAGAGAAUAUUAGGAUAUUUGUAAGAUAAUUCUAAUGAAAAAGAUUUAGAAAUCCAAUUGAAUACAAAGGGAAAGGAAAUAGAUAUUGAAUAAAGAUAAAUUAUAAUUGAAAAUGAAAAUAAAGAGUUAAAGAGAAUUGAAUAUGUUUACUUAUUCUUAAAUGUUUACAAAAAAUAAUAAAUCGGCAUAUUAAUUGAAUAAGACUUAGAAAAAUUUGUUUCAAAAGUAUAAAAUGAAUUGAUAAUCCAACCAACCAACAGAAGGACCAUAAACUAAUUUCUAUUGUUUUAAAGAGUCAGGAGGUAAAAUUGGGAGACAUUCAAGCAAUUAAAUUUUAAUAUUGGAGGAGAGCAUUUAGUAUAUUUCAUGCAGAAGUAAUAUAUUAAAAUGAAGAAGUAUUUAUAUCUUAUUUAACUUAGUUUUAUAUAAACGAUAUAGGAUCUACAACAGGUAUUUUCAUUACAGUUGAAACAAAUAAUAAUUGUAAAUUGGAAUGGUUGUUGAAUUAGGUAGCAAUUAAUUUGAAAUUUAAUAAGCGAAUAGAAAUGGUUCUAAUAUAGAUGUAAAUAUUAUCAAUAAAUAAUUAGGUAAUAUGAUAAUUAUUGAAGGACAAAUACUCCUGAAAAACAUGUUAUCAAUUUAACACCUCAAAAGAGUGUGACAACUGUUGGCAGACAAUAGACUGCUAAUCUUACAUUUAGUGAAGAUCAUCAUCUUUCUAAUAUCCAUGCUAAAAUUUGUUUAAUUGAUGGUAGAGUUUAUUUGGAAGAUAUGGGGUCAAAAUUUAUAUCUUGGUUAAGAUUAUCAAGAGAAGGUUAACCUUCAUAGUUAUAUCCAUUAUCAAAUUAAACAGUUUUAAAAAUUGGAACUACAUCUACUUAUUUAUGUAAAAGAAAUACAUAGUUGGUUGUUGAAAUUGUUAUAAACUAUAAUUUUUAUAUUAUUUAUUAAUGUUUAUUAAAUUUAAUAUAUAUAGAAAGACAAUUUAAAAUGUAUCGUAAUAUACAUCACCUGUAUAGAUCAUGA